UUUUGCACAAAUUCUACAGCCACUUAGGUGUUUGAGAGGCUUGUUUUUUUUUUAGGUGGGAGGGGGCUUGGCUGUCUUUUAAAAUCUCCACAGUAGGUAAAUAAGAAACGCAUGCGCCGGAGCAGCUCCUGUAUUUUCAAGGUUUCCUGUGGAGGUUGUGGAACGGGACAGCGGAGCAUCGACCGAGGUUCCCGGCGCAUUGCUCUUCCCCUCAUCCCAGAGAUGCUGCCCUGCCUGCGGAGAGUCCUACGGCCCGCCCUCUCGCUGAGAGCCGGGUGUGGGCUGGCCAGAGCCGGACUUAGCAACCACCAAAUACCCGCCGUAGCAUCCCCGGCACGGUUCGCCUCAGAGCCCCCGCUCACCACGCUGGUGCAGCGGUGUAACCUCGGCACGCACCCGCUGAAGGAACCCGUGGAACCUCUCAACUCGCCCCGCGGAGCUAAGGAGUUUAUCUACAGCCUUCAUCCGUCUGAGCGCACCUGUCUGCUGCGAGAACUGCACAGGUUCGAGUCCAUAGCUAUAGCUCAAGGGCAGCUGGAAAUUGCACCACCUACUGCAGCACAGUUAAGAUAUGUUUUGCUGCACAAUGCGAUCCCCUUCGUUGGAUUUGGAUUCCUGGACAACUGCAUCAUGAUUGUUGCUGGCACACACAUUGAGUUAUCCAUCGGCGUUAUCCUUGGCAUUUCAACUAUGGCAGCUGCUGCCCUUGGCAACCUGGUGUCUGAUCUGGCAGGACUGGGGCUGGCAGGUUAUGUGGAGGCCUUGGCAUCUCGGCUGGGGAUGCAGAUUCCCGACCUGAGCCCCAAACAGGCUGACAUGUGGCAGACCAGGGUCAGCUCUCAUGCGGGUAAAGCCAUUGGCGUUGGCAUCGGCUGUAUCCUGGGCAUGUUUCCUCUUCUGUUCUUCAAGGAUGAUGACGAGAAGAAAGAAGGCCAGACGGAGGCCAAGGAGAUGACACAGUCGCCACCUGCUCCAACAGAGAGCAGCAAAAACUGAACCUGUCAACUCGCCAGAGACAAAUACUAUUUGGAAUCCAUUAGAAUACUUUAAACUGGGACUGAUUGGCCUGGCCUGGUGGACUGUAUGGAGUGUAUGGAAAUGUCACUGAACCCCAUACAGUCUAAUCACUGGCUACUUUACUUUCCAAGGCUGAAUCAAACUAUCAAAGGUAUUCUGAAGAGGAUUUUAGAUAUUAUUUGGUUGUAGACUUCUUAACUUAAGCACAGGGACCUGACUGUCUCUUGAAGAGACAUUUGAGACCGUUCAUUCAUUGGACUGCUGCUACUUCAACUGUCCUCACCUUGUAACCUCACCUUGUUUUGACUGACUGACACAGGCUGAAACUCAUUUAUCCGACACGCACUGCAGUGGCCUCUUUCUCUCCUCUGAUCUGAGUCUGCUGAAUAGAACAAAUAGAAACCUUUGAUUCUAGAUGGUUAGAUGGGAAGUAGGUUAAAUGAAGGUCUGGGCUCCCUGAAGUAUCACAACAAAGGAAGGAAACAAAACACCAUCAGAGCCAAUUCAGAAAAAAAUGUCUUGCAUAUUGUCAGAAAGCCUCAUCACUAAUAUUUGAAGCUUGAAUAAAUAACCAUGCUGUCAUGCAGUACAUCAUAGCUUGAUUCAGAAUGGUUAAAAACCAUCUUAAGAGCCUCUCCUGUGUUUCCUAAUCAGUUUUUGAGGGCGAUGAGUCAAGUAAAGAGGGUCACAUUUUCAUAUUAAGACCUUUCCACAUCAAGUAAAUUGCUUUUCGUUUUUACAAUUAUGUCAUGUCUGCCUUUUAAUGAUGUCAGAGUCUUAAAGCGUCCCACCAGGCUGCCUCACGCUCCUCAACAACCAGUCAGCUACAUGUAGUGAGACUGCAGGUGGUUAAAUACCUAACCUCUACUAGCUGCUUCUUUAGGAUUUUUUUUUUUUACAUUAUUAUUAUUUGUCAUUGGUGUUUCUUAUGUUAUAAGCUUAUUUGCUGUAUGAUAUCACUCAUAGCAGUAACCUGCAGAAAACACCUCUCAUGUGUACUGUCGACAUGAACCAGGUCAAUGCAGAAGAGUUGAGAAGGAGGGAGAGAAAUACAGAGAGAGUCAGAGGAAGGAAGAGUAGCUGUGGCAGAAAGAUAAGAAAUUCCCAGCACUGAAGCACCUGAGACCUCCGUCCCAUUUGCACUGACCCUCUGGCUCCAACAGCGUAUGAUUUAUCUCCUCCUUGCUCUGCACCAGCUGAACUGCAACACACUUCUUCCAUGGUGAAAUAGCACCAGAGCUCAAAUCCAGUUACACUCUAAGAGAUGAUUAUUACCCUGUUUUUAUUCUGUUAAAAUGCUGUUACUGAGGUUUUAUUUUUAUUUUUUUUAAAUACUAACGCACAAUUUCACUUGUUCCUGUACCUGGAGCAUAAUGCCUCUGUUCUACUGCCCUCCACUGGUUGAGAGUCAAAAGAGGUUGCUGUUGUCUUUCAGUCUGGUAGAGCUGCUACCACCGUCACACAUAUGGUUACAGUUCAUCAUCUUAUGUGUUCCCUGUUUAGUCUUCAAAGCCCUCAAAGUCUAGCUACAGUGAGUCACUUUAUCACUCUAUGAUUAUUGUUCUUAAUCAUUGUUAUUAUUUUUAAAUGCAAACUAGGAAAUCUGCAGCAUCUGCCGGUCAUGAAACACAGUGGCAGGAUGUAUUUUGAGUGACACAACAGUACCAUCCAUUCAGAAUCUUAAUUCUGUUGUCACUUUCCUAUUUAGUCUUUUAAAGUUUUUGUUGUUUUGUUUUGGGUUUUUUUAUUAUCUGCUUAGCACAGGUUGCAGAACCCAGCAAAAGAACAGAAGACUGUUGUUUAUGGCGCUGAAUCUGCUCAGAAGUUGAAAUGAAGGGAAGCAGCCACGUGUCACUGAAUGGAAUUUCCUCUCAGAAAAUCAUGUAUGCUCUCACUGUAUGUUCUUUACCUUGAAGGACAAGGUCAAGAAAAGGACAGGUUUGUCAGCACAAAAACACCUCUGUGAGUAUAUUUUCAACAGCAUUCUCCAACAGGAAGAACUUUGCAGCUGAUGUUACUUGAUGUUUCAGUACAUUACUAAACUCACCGAACAUGCUCUAAAAGCUUGACACACUUACAAAGGAGACUUACCCAGAAUAAGGUUGUUCUACUUAUUUAUAAUGUGGAUAACAGUGAUAUAAAUGAAGAAAAUGUACAAAGACUUGAACAUAUUUAUGUAGUUAGGAUUUUCUGAUCUGAUUGCUUGAUUUUCACCUUGCAUGCUCUACUAAUAAAACUUAUUGUACAUGUUUACUUUGUAAGAACAAUAAAAACAAAACUUGAGUAUGUUCUAAAAGUA